GACAUUGAGGAUUCGUUGCAGCCCCGGAAGUGGGUAGAGCGCUAGUCGCGGGAAAAAUGGCGGAAACGUGUGGUGUCUUCAUGUCUCCAACACCAGCGGCUGUAGAAAUCACAUCUUAAACCUCAGCCUGUGUGUGUCCGUCUGCGUGAGGGGGCACGGUGUGUAGCGUCGGUGGGUUGUGAGCCCGUUGGCUCUUUUAUUUCCACUGGCUCGCGUCGUUUCGAGUCUCUUCUCCUGUUGGUUUCCUGUUGAACUUUCACUGGUUGCAAGUUCCCGACGUCCUCAGUUGUCUCCAUCAUAGUUGUUUCUGUUGUUCAUCGGAAUUUCCUGAAAUACUUGACAAGAAAAGUGCAUUCGUUCACGUCAGCGUCUGAUUUCCGAGCGACACAGCUGUUUAUAGAGAAUGGUCUGGGUGUAGGAGGGAUGCAAGAUGCCAGAAGAUUCCAUGAUCUUUUCCGUCUCUGGCCACAUGAUGCACAGGAAACCUGCCCCCGAAGAAUCCUCCGUCAAGUCUUUCUGCUGCAGCCACUGCUCGCUCGUCUUCACCUCCAAGAUCUCCCUUUUUCAGCAUGUGACCUUCGAGCAUGGCUCGGAGUCCAACGAAGAAGAAGCUGACGACGAAAGCAACAAUGCGGGAAGUAUUUAUCUAUGUCACCACUGUGCUUUUAUAGCUCUUAGCCGGGAUGAGUUAAACGAACAUGAGAAACAGUGUGCUAAGAAGCCAGAGAAUCAAGAUCAGACCAGGAGUCCUAUUGUUUCUGAAAACCAUGAGAGUGAAAUAGGUGCAGUCAUGUCUACCUCAAAAUCUUCAUGCAUCCUUAACUCGUCAAAAGAUCUGAAAACUUACAAGGGGCCGCUGCAAAUGCAAACCAUCACUAAAUUCUUAACAGCAGCAUCUCGAUCACCCUCAGUGAAGUCCGCCGAGCGCCCAGUGUCUCCGAGCAGCACCAAAGGAACGCUGCUCCUGCAACAAUCUCCCUCAGACCCCAAACCAAGCAGCAGUGGUGUGUUUAAAGUCACCGCAAAGUCCAUGAUUGAUUUGAAUGCAACCCCAACUACCCACUUUCUGCUAGAUAACAACAUUUUACCCUCAGAGAUGAAGCCCAAGGAACAAUGCAAAGACUCAGAUUAUGAAAUCUACAAGAAGAGGAGCAGCCGGGAGUGCCCGGAGAGUUGCCCUGCUAAAAAAACAAAGUCGGACAAAGGGGAGUUGAAGCUCCCGGAGAAAGAGAACGCAAGUAAACAACCGUCCAGCAGCACUGACUUUUCAUUUGAAUUUAGCGACGAUGAAGACGAAAAGAAGGUUAAUCUCCUAAAUAGAGAUGCGGAAAACCCAACCAUUUAUUUUUGCAAGCACUGUGACUACAGUGAUGCUGUCAUGAGACGCAUGUCCUUCCACUACCAGAGCGACCACCCUUAUAUAAGAUGUAGCGCCGUGUACAUUCAGGAUCCCAGUGAUCAGAGCGUCACCUUUCGCUGCCUGGAGUGUCCCAUUGAGUUUUUAUCUGAAACCGAACUGAAGAGACACUACACAGAAAAUCAUCCAGACGCCCCAAAGGUAUUCAUGAUGCAUUCCUGUGAGCUGGUUUACAAAUGUUUUGUGUGUAGGUUCAUUAGCAAUGAAUUGAAAGCCCUGACAGAACAUUACAAAGAAAAGCACCCAAAACAUAAAGCGGAUAAUUCCUUGUUCUACUGCAAAUAUACAGUGACUGGAUGCCAAGAUGGAUCGUCACAGUUGAAAACAUGUGGGAAAACGCACAGCCCAGAAACAUCAGAGGGGAUUUCUCCCAAAAACGCAGAUGCACAACCUGAGGAAUUAAAAAAUGCCCCCUCGCCCCUACACUCUACCUCCAGAGGAGAGCGUGUGGUUUUGUAUCAUUGCAGCAGCUGUAAUUUUAGUCAUAAGUCAGCUGUCGGUAUGCACGUCCACUAUCAGAAAAAACAUCCAGAUGAAACAAUAACGAUCAACAAAAUCAAACAGUCGGCUUCUGUCGUAUCACAAACCACCUCCCAGACGACACUUGAGAAUUCAUCGAAUGUAACGGAGAACUCUACACCUCAGAAGGACGUCUCCAGUUCUUCCAAAAUGGAAAAAAGCAAAGCUGAGGAGUCUCAGCAGAAGUUUUCACCGUCUUUAAUGACUCUGAAGAACACAACAGACACGCCUAAGACUCGUUCAGAAUCUAGCAAAACAGAGUUAGUUAAAUCUGCAGCGGGCAAAAAGAGAACAAAGACACCUAGCAAAUGGAACAGGCAGCUGUCUGUGGGAAUCGACGGUUCAUCCUCCAGCUCACUCGAUAAAGUGUUUUACUGCCAGUUCUGCACCUUUUCAAAUGCCAACAUCAGAAGCGUCGUUGCUCAUCAUAACAUGAAACACGCUGAUCUCGGACUAACGGGUACUGAGGAGGUCUGGUGGUAUAAUAACAAGUUGCAAAAAAAGAAACUGCAACGUGAAGCCGAGACCUCAACAAGUGCUGCGUCUUCUAAUUCUAAAUCUAGUGAAAGAGUUGAGGUGUGGAAGGAAAGAAAACGGCAGAAUGAAGAAGCUAACACAGCGGCUGCCUCCAAGACGGAAGUUAAUCCCUAUGAAUGUGUAGAAAACUUGUUUUACUGCCAAAAGUGCAACUUUGGAAAUGUAAGUUUAAAAGGAAUUAUGAACCAUCAAGCCAAAGUUCACCUGGACCUGAAUGCAAACCAUGAAUCUAUUCUUAGACACACAGAGCUGAUUUGUGCAAAAAUUAAAACGUCUCACUCAAAGGACUCAUCCACAUCUUUUCGUCUACCUCUCCCGCUCAUGAAUGAAGGCGACAGAGAAUGUUUUUUCUGCCACUUUUGCAACUACAGACAUAAUUGCGUGAGCCAAGUAUUGAGGCAUUACAUCAGCAGACAUCCUGGGUUUGUGGUUAAGAACCAAGAAAUCCAACAAUAUACUUACACGCUUCUCAAGCAGAUGGAGGAAUCGCCUCCGGAAACGUCUGCAAGCCAAGAAGAUAGCGCAUCCCCUCUGGAAAAAGUGGACAGGAAGAAAAAAGUAAAAACACUGGCUCAAUGCUCGUCUGCGUCAGCGUCGUCCUCAGUGGCGGCCACGAAGACACAGAGGACCCUCAAGUGUUAUAGAUGCACAUACAGCACUCAGUACUUGAAUCUGUUGAGGAGGCACAUGUUGAAGAUUCACAGGACAAAUCGCAGGACAACUGAUAUUUUGAGAGUGUGUUAUAGACAAGGGAUGUUGGAGUCAGGGUAUCACUGUGACAGGUGUGUCUUCUCCCACAAUAAUGCAGCAGCAUUGUUUCAGCACAGCCAGGAACAACAUCCAAAACGUAAAGUCAGCCUCGAGUACAUUUCCACCAGGUUAUAUGUCGGUCCCGAUUCAUUAGUUCCUAAAAAGAGAAAAAAGCCUAAAACGACACACACGGGUGACGUGAGUGAUGGUGAUGGAAGAUUGGGACAAAAUGACACUAAGACGUAUUCGUGCAGAGCGUGUUCGUUUGAAGGAAGCUCAGUGUCAAGUGUCACACGCCACUGCCGGGCUGUGCAUCCCUGGUCUGUGAAAGAAGACGGCUCCGUCCUGAACGUCAUCACAACCAAGAAGUCAAGUCCACACAUUGUGGAAGACCAGACUGAAAUGCCAGAACCAUUCGACACCUACCAAGUUCCUCUCGGACACAGUGACUCACCUGGUUCAUCUCAUGAAGCUGCAGAUACUUCAAAAAGGCUCAAGUGCAGAUAUUGCCCUGCAGUGUUUCGCACCUGGCACGGCCUCAGCACUCACACUGGAAUGAAACACCCACAUGCUGAAAUUGAUGCUCCAGCAAGCAUGCAUUUAUUCAGUUGUCCGCAUUGUACUUACAUCAACACCAGCUAUCAUGGAGUUUUAACUCACUGCCAGAUGAGGCAUCCUGACUCUGAGUCCAGGGCAGACAGUCAUUACAUGGAUGAAAUGCAUCUACGCAGGUGGAACUUCUGUUUAACAAAAAAAGGCUCAGGGGACACCUCAAGAUUCAGCGGCUACUUGUGUGAAACCUGCCCUCAAAUCUGUGCAACUCUGGAGAAGCUGAACAAGCACUGUGAGGGAGAGCAUAACAAGACCGAUCCGAACACUGUGCCAAACAGCGUGCUCAAACCGUCAGCUGUAAGAAAACUACACCAACCCAUCACCUACAGCUCUCUGGGAUCAGUGUCAAAGGCUUCCUUCUUGCAUAAGAAAAAAUAUCCAGUGCUGAAGUGCCAGCUGUGCAGUUAUACUUGCAGCACAAAAAUUGGGCUCAGUCGCCACUUGCGUGUUAACCACAGGAAUUCAUCUUAUUCACAGUUUAAGGAUUGUGUAUACAAGUGUGCCUUGUGUCCGAAGUCGUACUUCACCAAAAAGCAUCUUGCACGCCAUUAUACUAAUAAACACGGAAAGCGCUCCCUCUUGAAAUACUUUGCACCCGUGUACCAGAACGUCAAAGCGCCAACGUCCUCUGACUGCCCUUCAACAGAGCAACCAGAAAACACUUCUGAGUCUAGUGCAACAGGAGAAGACGGCAAGAUAUUAGUGUAUAGGUGUCCGAGCUGUCCCUAUGUUAACGCUAGCUACCAUGGAACGCUCACUCACUGCCAAAUGAUGCAUCCUGCUCUCGUAGUCAGAGCAGACGAACUUCAAACAGACAGAAUAUUCGAAACCGACAUGGUCCAGUGUUGGACGGGUAAAGGUUCAAAGCAUAAAGGCUUCAUGUGUAAAAAUUGUCCACAAAUUCAUGCAUCGUUGAUGCAGCUGAAAAUCCAUUGUGAGAGGAGCCACAAACGGGCCAAACCAGCAGCUUCUGAACUUUCAGCUGAAACUGAAAAACUGCCUGACGAAGGCUCCAGGAGCUCAACAUCAGAGACUUCCUCUUUACAAAUGAAAUCUUCCCCAGUGAACACCACAAAAAGGAACCUGAAUCUACAGCUAGGCUCUCCUGAAAAACAGCAAGUGUCCAAACAAAACAAUGAAAUGCUGUACAAGUGUGACAUGUGUUCCUAUGUAGGAAUAUGUAGAAAGUACCUGCACUGUCACUACAAAAACAUGCACAAGUUGGAUGCAUUCCGCAUAUACAAGCAGUUGGAGAGGUAUAACAAACGCAAAUACUACACGCCUAAAGCUCCAUCCGAAGAAAGGGUUAGAUGUAAGAAGUGUACAAACUUAGCAUUUGACUCAUAUCAGCUGCUCAUUGUCCAUUACACCAACUUUCAUAGCUCCAACUUUAAAAUGGACUUUACAGUGUUAAAGCGAAGAACAAUAAAGACCCCAGGAGUUUACAAGUGUGACCACUGCAGCAAACACAUAAUUGGAAUCAGGAAGCUGUGUUACCACCUGGAACGCCAUGAGGCAACUAUGAAGACAACGGCAAUGGAUGCAAAGUCAACGGCAUCAGUUGUCAGGACGACAACACCAGAGGCCCCAUCCAAUGAAAUUCAACGAGAUGAGUCGCCCAUGUCAGAAUCUGUGCAGGACCUGACUCAUUGGAAUGCGACGCCAGAGAAGACGUUAACUCUGCAAACAGGUUCUCUGCCGUCGCCUUCAAGACUCACUGAUACAGAGCUGCCAGAGGAAUCGAUCGAAGACAAACGCACUUGCCGACAGUGUCGACGGACGUUCAUGUCCCUGAAAGGUUUGCGCUCACAUGAGCGCAGCCACGCGGCACUGGCAGCCAUCAAGAAACUGGACAAACGGUCUACCUCACUAUUGAAGAACAACAUUGAUGAAUACGUCGUCUACAAAUCUGGGACCCUCAGGCCGUACCUCUGUAGUUUCUGUGCCUAUCGGACGACCGUCUUUGGCCUGUGGAGGAGUCAUUUCAUCAGAAAACAUCAAGAUGUGCUUAUGGACGAUGUGGAGACUUAUAACGAAGAUGAGGAGAACUCACAGAGAAACAACCAGGAGCCUCCUCAACUAUCAGAGGAAAACAACAAUUCGCCUGAACCUGAAGAAGAAGUUGAAAUGAUUGAAAGAUCACUGUACCUGGAGCCUCCAGAUGUGCAGCGGCAGCUGAACCACUACAGCUUGAUGGCGCAGACUCGUGGUGUCUCCAAAGCCAAGGUGCAAGAAACCAAUUUACCCGAGAGCUGUUUGCUCCACUGUGAGUUCUGCAGUUUCAGCACUGGACACCUUUCCAGUGUGCGACGACAUUACUUAAACCGCCACGGGAAGAAGAUCCUCAGGUGUAAGGACUGUGAAUUUUUCACUGGAUUAAGGAAAACCCUGGAGAUGCACAUGGAGGCCGGUCACUCUACAUUUCAGUCAGAACCGACUCAUCUGAGGGACCUCCGCUGCCCGCUCUGCCUCUACCAGACCAAGAACAAGAAUAACAUGAUUGAUCACAUCGUCCUACAUCGUGAGGAGCGCGUUGUGCCGAUAGAGGUGCGUCGCCCGAGGCUGUCCCGUUACCUCCAGGGCAUCGUCUUCCGCUGUCACAAAUGCACUUUCUCCAGCGGUAGUGCUGCAAACCUGAGUUCGCACAUGAUGAAGCACGAUGACGCCAAACCCUACAAGUGUCGGCUGUGCUACUUCGACUGCACUCUGCUGAGCGACUUAGAGGCACACCUGAGCGAUAAGCAUCAGGUUGAGAGGAACCAUGAGCUUGUGGGUCAGGUCAGCCUUGAUCAGCUAGAGGCACAGGGUGGUAGAAUACAAGAGGAAGAGGAAGAAGAAGAGGAGGAACUGUUAUCAAACUCUGAGCAGCACAACAGCAAGAGGGGGGAUGUUAACAUGGAGUUUGUCACAGGCUGUAAUGAAGUUCCACAUGAAACAGGAGUUGCAGAUCCGGCAGAAAAUAACAUUGCUACUGGUUCAUCUCAUGAAGCUGCAGAUACUUCAAAAAGGCUCAAGUGCAGAUAUUGCCCUGCAGGGUUUCGCACCUGGCACGGCCUCAGCACUCACACUGGAAUGAAACACCCACAUGCUGAAACGCUACAGUUGAAGGAAGCAUGUCUGAAGCAUGAGCAGGAGACUGCAAAGGGACAGAUGAUCGAAGAGACGGUAGAAAUAAAUGUCGGCAAAGGAAACACCGCAGAUGACCAGUCUGAGGAAUGCGGCGGUUCAGAGAAAGAGAGGAACGUGAACCAAGCCCAACUCAAAGUGAGAGGCAGUGAGGAAAACAGUGCAAUGUCCACACGCCAAAGAGAGAAGGCAGCCGAGAGGAGCUCAGCAACGUAUGAUGAGAGGAUUGGUAAAAAAGAGUCCAAGAUAAGUUUUAAGACGCUGCAGCGCAGAACGUCAAACACUGAGUUGAGAGCUGAAGAAAAAAUACUGCGUCACAUCCUUGUGUUGGAUGAGGAUAGCAGCGUCCGCAAGAUGCACAACAAGGCCGAGCAGGAGAGAACAGUCAAGAAAGAGCAGAACAUGGAGACCAAGGUUCUAGAUAAUGUUCUAAGUGAGCUGCUGGACGAAGAUCGUAAAAUCUCUUUGGCCCAAAAACUGACAAUUAAAUAUGAUUCAGAGGCAAAGAAAAGUCCCGUGCAGGGGAAUAACAUCAGGAGCCAGGAGGAUUUAAAAUGUGAAAGUCCUUCACUAACGCCUCUUCCCACAUGUGUCCAACUGAACACAAACCAUGAGGAGAGCUCAGGAUUCUCAUCAACACACUGCAAAGAGGAACGAGUGAGCCAUAGGGAAUAUGGUGAGGAGCUAUCGGACCUAUAUGGAGAAAUGCCUGUGCUUGAGAAUGAAUAUCUGAAGGAGGCAUCGUACCCGCAAGUCUGCUGCAAGGAGGAAGACGAGGAUGAGCUCGGGGAGCAGCAGGACAAAGAAGAUGAAGUGAUGACUGAAGACGGCGAGAGCGGAUGCAAAGAUCGGGAUCAUGAGGAGGGAGACAACAUUGAGGAGUCCAACAUUCCACGUGUGGACAAAAGUGAGUUCACAGCUGCAGAUGGAGCUUCUGAAGUCCUGUGUUCCUCAGUUGCACAAAAUAAACUUUACACUUGUGAACUUUGUGGACGAAACCUCGUGAACGGCUCUGAUUUGAAGCGUCACAUUAUGAGACAUGGCAUAUAACCAAGACUCUGUGUCCACUGUAGAUUUUUGAUUGGGGAGACUAAACUUUGUUACUGUUAACUGUCUCCUACCUUAUUUACUUUACUAUGUAUUUGUAAACAACUUGUUAACAGUUCAUUUUUCAUGUUUUGUAGAUUUUUAAACUUUUUUAAUGACAUGGAU